UCACCAGACCCGCUCACACGCACCACUGCCGUCUCAUACACACACCGUUCUCCGCUCUAAGCCACAACCUCGUGAGUACUCUCUGCUACCCCUUCCCUCUGCGGCAGUCACACACGUUCAAGAGAAGGUGUGCUCGUAAUUCAACUUGGUGCCGACAAGCCAUUCAAGAUGGCGCCCAACGCCGCCACAACUACAGCUGUAGCCGGAGAUGCCCAAACUGGGAACGCAGACGGUUCCAAGGGUUCCGCCUGGUCGAGACUUCACGGCAGGGUCAAUGAAGUGGCCGACAACUUCUUCUAUCGCCUGGGGUACUGGGUGGCCACGCACCCCAAGCGGACCCUUCUCAUCAGCCUUGUCUUUGUGAUCGCCUGCUGCUUCGGGUUCGCCAACUUCAGGAUCGAGGCCGAUGGGGAGGACCUCUGGGUGCCAGCAGACUCCUUGGCCAAGGAUCAGCAGGACAUCAUCGUUCAGGAUUUCGAUGACGACGGUGAGUACGCCGCCUUACUGGUGGAGAGCCCGUCUGGCAACGUGCUAACAAAGGAAUCGGUCGAUGCGAUCUGGGAGCUGGAUGCCAUUGUCAUGGCCGUCGAGGCCUCCGUAACAAGCGAUGCGGAUAUUCUUGCGGCCGUGAAUGUGGCCACUUUCCCGGACGGAUCGACGGUUAACCAGCUGGCCCUCUUCGGCAACGGGAUCACGUACGACGCUGACGGCAACAUCUCUGGAGCAAGUGCGACGAUGCAGGCGUAUGCGCUCGGGUCUGACCCUGAUGAGGACAGCGACCUCAACGAUGACGUUUUCGACUGGAACGGGGCGUUUCAGGACGCCAUGGAGGAAGUCACGGACGAUUUCGAUGCUGUCGACGUAUACUACAUUACCAGCCGGUCUAUCGACGAUGCCCUCGAGGAGUCCGUAACCGGCGAAAUCUUUCUCUUCAUCACCACCUACGUUCUCAUGGUCGUGUUCGUGUCGGUAGCGAUCGGCCGGUGCUGCACUGGACCCGUCAAGCAACGUAGCUGGUUGGGAGUUGGCGGCGUCAUGCUCGUCAUUGCCGCAGGCUUGGCCGCCUACGGGCUCAACAGCGGCUUCGACAUCCCCUUCACGUCGCUGUCGCAAAUCCUGCCUUUCAUCCUCGUCGGCAUCGGCGUGGACGACAUGAUGACAGCUUUCGUGGCGCUUCUGACCAUGGACGCCAACCGCCAAAAGGCCGGCAAGAUCGACUGGUGCUGCUGCUUCACCAGCAAGAAGUAUCUCCAGGAGCAAGAGCGGCAGCAGCAGGAGGGUAUCCAAAGAGGAGUCACGCUGCCUGCCAGCAACGGCGGGGGCGCCAACAUCAGCCAAAGGGAUCUCAACCUCAAGGCUGAGGUGCACCAGCUAUCGACGAUCGGAAGGUUAAUGAAAGACAAGUACGCCCCUUCCCUUCUGUCAGCCAAGGGGAAGAUCGUGGCGCUACUCGGCUCGGCAGCCCUUCUUGCCGCCGACACGGACCGGGCGAGGUUUUACGACUUCGAUAUCCAAGAAUGGUACGUCCCGAUGAACGUCUACACCCAGGACGUUGACUAUCCCGACGUUAUGGUUCAGGCGGAAAUGCAGUCCGUCGAUGCGGAAAUGAUCGAGACUAAGAAUGUCGACGGACCGCUGGACUCGUGGCUCGCCUCCUUCAUCGUCUGGGCAGAGGCCAACACCACCUACAGUGCGAACGUGGGUACGUCUGGGGGCUACCCGGUGUACAACGAUCGAGAUACCUUCUACACCGCCCUCUCCGCCUUCCUGGCUGACGAAGACAACGCCAGAUUCGUGCCAGACGUGAUCUUCGACGACGAGGGACUCAUCAAGAUAAGUCGAUCGGAUAUGUAUCUGGUCAACCUCGUGGACACAGAGAACAACGUGGACGCCCUCAGGGAUACGAGAGACGUCGCCGACCAAUCAACGCUCGACCCUCAGCCGUUCGCAUACUCCGGGGUGUUCGUCUUUUCGGAGCAGUUCGUGGUGAUCUACAACGAGCUGCUGUCGAGCUUCGGACUCGCCUUGUUGGCGGUGCUCGCCCUGAGCCUUUUCGUGCUGGGCAAGGUGAUGAUCGACGUGGAACUGCUGGGCUUCGUCUACCACUGGAAUUUGGACGUGAACAGCAUCACUGUGAUUGAGCUGAUCAUGGCCGUCGGGUUGGUCGUGGACUACAUGGUCCACAUCGUGCACUACUUCCUCCAUCAGGACCCGAGCAUCCCGAAGGACGCACGAAUCGCCGAAGCACUGGGCGAGAUCGGGCCGUCGGUUAUGGUAGGAGCGGCGACAACAUUCUUGGGAAUCAUGCCCCUGGCGUUCGCCAACAACGUGAUUUUCCGCGUGUUCUUCAAGAUGUUCCUCGUCAUCAUUUCCUUCGGGGGCGGUGAAGAUCCUAUGCCGUCCGUGCUGUGAGUUGCUGUAGUAUUGUCUAGGGUUGGCUAGACUUUGGGCUGUGCUAUAAUUGCAGCUCAUCUUCAAGGGGCAAUCGUUUUACGCUUGAUGUACUAUGUUCUUGAUGAUGGCUUGCUUGUGAUGGGAGGAGAUGCGGGGUUUUAUGACGGCGUGGUAUUGUGAAGGUAUUCGUGUACAUUUCCGUGCGUGCGUGCCGUGUGCUUGAUGUCUGUGGCCGUUCACGCCUCUCCGAGCAGGAGAAUCAACAUGCUCAAAGGAAGUAGCUUUUGUCGCAGCACGCGCUAGGCACGCGCGGUUCCACGUUAUCGCUACCGCGUGCAAGGGGCUCCUAUUGAUCGCGUCGUAGGUGGUGGUUAGGGCCGUUUUGACCAUGGCUGAUAUUUUCGAAAUAGUCUACUUUGCUCCCAAAUUUUCGGAAUCGCUUCCAAAUUUUCGAAAAUAUGUUCAAGGCAUUCUGACAACCUUUGGAAAAGCGGCUCUGUGACUCGGAAGAGGUCGGUGAAAAGGGUAACGCUUUUGACCUUGCCCUGUUGCCGUGCCCGUCGGGGAGCGCGUUGGUGGAACGUUCACGCUGCGCAACCUAACCACUAUCUGCAUGCCAACAUCCUAUUUUGACAGCAACAUCGAUGAACCUAGAACCUGGCUGCUGCACGGAGAUUGACUUGGGCAAGAGACAACUGGUUAAUAUGAUCCUUUAGGCGGUUGCAUGUUGUUGUUGAGGCGGAAGCUGUGUGGUGGUCGCCACUGUCGCUUUGACGUGCAACAUCUAGGGGGAUGGAUUCUCGUCCGUGUUGCUUACGUGGACGGUGCUCGGGACUCUCCGAGAUUGAGGUCUCUCGUGGUUUCCUCGAGCUUGAUACACUCCGCAGAAUAUAUACAACUAGAGUCUACGUAUCCAUCCCCUCGUGGGAACAGUUUUCUGUGGCACGCUGGGGGUACAGCCGUGAGCACCACUUUGUUUGUUGUCCCUGUUCAGCCUGUUCAGCGCACGACGUUUGCUGCCCAAGUUUCACACUGGUACCUUGUAUUUUAGACGUCUCUCAGCAGGGUGGGCUGGUUUUGGUGGAAGAGACACACGUCAAGUUUCGCCAAUUUUUGAGGGUCUUUCGCUUAAGGGUUCGGAGUGCUAUCCGACAAAUCACAUGUUU